AUGAUCAUGGAAGCCUUCAACCCAAUGCAGUACAAUAUCACCAGAGUGGUCUCAGAGACGAUGCCAGUUGCCACUGUCCCUGUCUUGCUCCUCAUAGGCUUCCUGUUCCUGAUGUGGACUUGUGAAGAAGCAACCACCAUACCAGGCCCUGGCUACUGUAUGGGGAUUGGUCCCCUUAUUUCUCAUUGGAGAUUCCUCUGGAUGGGUGUUGGCAGUGCCUGUAACUACUACAACAAGAUGUAUGGUGAAUUUAUGAGAGUCUGGAUCAACGGAGAAGAGACCCUCAUUAUUAGCAAAUCUUCAGGUAUGUUUCACGUAAUGAAAUAUGGGCAUUACACCUCUCGAUUUGGGAGCAAGCUGGGCUUAAAGUGCAUCGGCAUGCAUGAGAACGGGAUCAUAUUUAACAAUAACCCAGAACUCUGGAAAGAAAUACGACCCUUCUUCACCAAAGCUCUCUCUGGCCCGGGUCUCGUGCGGAUGGUAUCUAUUUGUGUUAACUCAACGGCUGAACAUUUGAACCAGCUAAAGGAAGCGGCUCCCAAGCCUGAAUACAUCAACAGCCUGAAUCUCAUGAGACGUAUCAUGCUGGACACAUCAAACAGACUUUUUCUUGGGAUUCCUCUUGACGAAAACGAUGUUGUGCUUAAAAUCCAAAACUACUUUGAUGCUUGGCAAGCGCUGCUCCUGAAGCCUGACAUCUUCUUUAAGAUUUCUUGGCUGUAUAAAAAAUAUGAAAAGUCUGCGAAGGAUUUGAAAGAAGUCAUCGAAAUCUUAAUAGAGAAGAAACGACAAAAGCUCUUCACACUUGAGAAACUGGAGGACCACAUGGAUUUUGCAUCACAGCUGAUUUUUGCUCAGAGCCGUGGGGACCUUACUGGUGAGAUGGUCAACCAGUGUGUCUUGGAGAUGCUGAUAGCUGCCCCGGAUACUCUCUCGGUGACUCUGUUUUUCAUGCUAGUGCUGAUUGCAGAACACCCUCAGGUGGAAAAGGAGAUGGUGAAGGAAAUACAGUCUGUGAUGGGUGACAGAGAUAUCCAAAGUGAGGACAUGCCAAAGCUAAAAGUGGUGGAAAAUUUUAUUCUCGAGAGCAUGAGAUACCAGCCAGUCGUGGACUUGGUCAUGCGCAAAGCCUUGCAAGACGAUGUGAUUGAUGGCUACCCUGUCAAGAAAGGAACCAACAUCAUUCUGAACAUCGGGCGCAUACAUAAGCUUGAGUUCUUCCCAAAGCCAAAUGAAUUCUCACUUGACAAUUUUGAGAAAAACGUCCCCCAUCGUUACUUUCAACCCUUUGGAUUUGGUCCCCGUGGUUGUGUUGGGAAGUUUAUUGCCAUGGUGAUGAUGAAGGCUAUCCUGGUGACUCUCCUGAGAAGGUGCAGUAUCCGGACUCUAAAAGACCAAGGUCUUAACCACAUUCCAAAAAACAAUGACUUGUCUUUGCAUCCAGAUGAAAGGCAGCCAUUGCUGCAGAUGCUUUUUGUGCCAAGAAAUAACGUCAGCAACAACCAUCGUGAUGAAUAA